UAACUCUGUUGCUCUACUAUACUUACCAUCUUCUUCAAUUGGCAAAUUAGAUCAGUCAUGGCAGCUAAGCCCCACCUGCAAAGUGGUGAAGGCUCUUCCCAUUGGAAAUCUUCUACUGCUAAAAUUCCUCAACCAAAGUUCUUCAAGAUUAUAUUUUUCCAGCAUGAAUGCAGCCGUCUGAGGAUUCCGGAAGACUUUGCCAGCAAAUAUUGCAAGAACAUGCUAAACCCUGUGUAUCUUGAGGUUCCAAGUGGAGAAGUAUGGGAGGUUGAAGUUGUUCAUUCUCAAGGCCGAAUUUGUCUAGGCAUUGGAUGGCAAGAUUUCAGCGACUUCUAUUCAAUAAGCUGCGGCCACUUUUUGAUAUUUGGAUACAAUGCUCGUUCCCAUUUUAAUGUCACUAUAUUUGAUUUAAGUGCAUCAGAAAUUGAAUAUCCAUACAGUUCUGCCCAUGGUAUACACACUCCCAUUUCUUAUUCCCAUGAAACACGUCAUGCACAAGAAAGAGACCAGUCCGAGUCGGAUCAUUCUGUAGAGAUCCACGAGGUUAUUCCCAGAAGCCAGAAAGCGAACACGAUAACUCCUGAUAUGGUUGAGAAUUCUGUUGAGAACCUAGACCAUUGUCCAUUAGGACAGUCCAGCAAAAGACAAAGACAAGGAGAUGCAGAGGAUGUAGCUUCACCUUCUUUCAUAAGAAAAGGCCAAAAAAGCAGUGAAGGCUGCUGUACGCACAUGCAGCAAUCCAAGAUUGUUUAUGAUGAGAACAAGACAGUAAUGGACAAAGAAAGGGCUAUAGCCUAUCGAAGAGCAAAAGGUUUUAAAUCUAAGAACCCGUUCAUUAUAUCUUUUAUGCAACCAUCAUAUGUCUUCUCUCCAUUCAAUCUGUCCAUGCCAUUGAAAUUUGCUAGGAAGUAUUUCCUUGAGAACUACGGAAAUUUAGUGCUUCAUGUUCCAGGAAGGGGAUCUUGGUCUGUCAAAUGCACUUUCGGAACAACAAAUGCUAAAAUCUUCUGGAAGGCAUUCGUGAUGGACAAUAAGUUGAAACCUGGUGAUGUUUGCGUCUUUGAAGUGAUUAAGGGCACUAAGCUCUUGAUGGAUAUAACCAUAUUUCCAGCAGCUGGAGAAGUGCCAGGGGUUUCAGAUAGUUCUGUUCCACUUUCUCAAUCCAGAAUAGCUCAGACCAAGAAUUUAAAGCAGCGGAGAGGAGGUGCAUGUGGUUUCAAUUCAAAAGUUAAAGCAGAAGAACAUGGUGAAGGCACUGGGAAUGAGCACUCUUUUGAGAUUUUGGGCCAUUGUCCGUUAGUACAGUACAGGAAAAGAAAAAGACUAGAAAGGGAUGCAGAGGAUGAUGUUCCAAUUGAUAUUCACACCAAAAAUAUCAAGGUGGAAACAUCACAUAAGGAUGUAACUUUGCCUUCUUUCAGAAAGAUCAAAAAAAGCGGAGAAAGUUGCAGGAUGCACAAGCAACAAACCAUGAUUGUUUGUGGUAAGAACAAGGCAGGAAUGAACAAAGAGAGGGCUAUGGCAUAUCAAAGAGCAAAAGCUUUUAAAUCUAAGAAUCCAUUCAUUAUAUCUUUUAUCCAACCAUCAUAUGUUUCAAAACCAUAUAAUCUGAACAUAUCAGCCACAUUUGCAAAGAAGUACUUCCGGGAUGAAUAUAGCAAUUUUGUACUUCGUGUUCCAGGCAGGGGAUCUUGGUCUGUCGAAUGCUUCCUGGGAACAUCAAAAGCACAAAUUCGUUCUGGUUGGAAGGCAUUCGUGCAGGACAAUAAGUUAAAAUAUGGUGAUGUUUGUGUCUUUGAAGUGAUUAAGGUCACUAAGCUCUUGAUGGAUGUCACCAUAUUUCCAGCAGCUGGAAGCACACCAAUACUUAAGAUAGCUGGAGAAGUGCCAGGGGUUUCUGAUAGUAAAAGAAAGAUUAUCAAUACUGAUAUUUAUGUUCCAUGCUCUCCUCCAAAAGUAGUUCACACCAAUAGAUUAAAGCAGAGGAGAGGAGAAGAACAUGAUGAAGGCACUGGGAUUGAGAGUUCUGCUGAGAUUCUAGGUCAUUGUCCGUUAGGACAUGACCGCAAAAUAAAAAGACUAGAAGAGGAGACAGAGGAUGAUGUUUCAAUUGACAUUCACACCAAAAGUAUCAAGGUGGCAAACACGCAAGAGGAUGUAGCUUCACCUUCUUUUACAAGAAAAACCAAAAAAAGUGGAGAAAGUUGCCAGAUGGACAAGCAACAGUCCAAGAUGGUUUACGAUAAGAACACAACAGUAUUGGACAAAGAGAGGACUGUAGCAUACCAAAGAGCAAAAGCUUUUAAAUCUGAGAAUCCAUAUGUUAUGUAUUUUAUGCAACCAUCGUAUGUCUUGACACCAUAUAGACUGGACAUAUCAUUCUUAUUUGCUAGGAAAUAUGUCUGGGAGAAAUGUGGCUUUUUAGUGCUUCGUGUUCCUGGCAGGGGAUCUUGGUCUGUCAAAUACAUCCUGGGAAAAUCAAAAACAAAGAUUUGUUUCUAUUGGAAGGCAUUCGUGCUGGACAAUAAGUUAAAAUUUGGUGAUGUUUGUGUAUUUGAAUUGAUUAAGGGCACUAAGCCCAUUUUAGAUGUCACUAUAUUUCGUACAGCUGAGAGCAAACCAAUACAUAAGAUAGAUGGAAAAUUGCCAGGGCUUUUCUGAUUGUAAAAACAAAGCUAUGAAAACUGAGAAUUCAGUUCCAUGUUCUCAAUCCAAAAUAGUUCAUAGCAGGAAACUGAAUCUUGAAAAGCAGCAGAAAGGAAAUCCAGAUGGUUUCACUUCAAAAACGAAAGAAGAACUCAGUGAAGAUGCUGGGAAGCAUGUGCAACAAUCUAAGUCUUCUUGUAAGGGCGGUGCAGUGGCCAAAGAAAUGGUCUUAGCAUAUCAAAGAGCAAAAGCUUUUACAUCUGAAAAUCCAUUCUUCAUAUGUUUCAUGCAACCAUCAUAUGCGUCUUCUGCCAGCGGACCGAUGCAAUUGGUAAGAUGGCUAUUCUUGAAUAUCUGGUGAAGUUGAAUAUCUUAGUGACAUAAAGCAAAUCCCUGAUUAUAAGGAUUGUCACUGUUAAUUAAUGAUGAAUCUUUCGUUUUGUAUAAUAAUGCAUCCUUCAAAUUGAUAGUCCAUAACGCUGCUGAUAGCUAGGAAAUUUUUUGCCACUAAACAUAGUGAUGUGAUACUUUAAAAUUCAAGCAAGAGAUCAUGGGCAGUAAAAUGCAGUCUUGGAACAGUAAACUCUAAGUUGACCUCGGGUUGGAAGGAGUUUGUGCUGGACAAUAACCUAAAAGUAGGUGAUGUUUGUGUGUUUGAAAGGGUUAGUAGAUCCAAACUUUUGUUCAAUGUCAUUAUAUUUACUUCAGCUGAAGGUAUGUAAGAUGGUUUCACUUGUUUAGUUCUUUAAACUCCUAUGUAUAUUGUUUAACUAAUCUAUUUUAGUUACUUCUUUUUGAAAGGGGUGGAAAACAAUGUAUAUUAUUCUCCCUAAGCACAACCUUUUGGUGUAUUAGAUUUUGUAAACUUAACUUUUUGUAAAAAGUUAAGCUUGCUCGACUCCAUGUUGUAUAGAAUGCAGCUC